AUGGCCAUGCCCACAAUUACCACAAUCCACUCCCUAUUCACCGUCCGCACGAUGGCUCUGCAAUCCCUGAUCUACUCCUCCAUCUGGGCAACAACAACCCUACUAGUCCGCCACCUUGGCCCAUCCACCAAACUCGCGCCCGUCUUCAUGAAAUACCACAACCGCAUCUACUCCUUCGCCUCCUUCCUCCUCCUGCUGCUCAUCCUGCACCCCCAACACGACGCCCUCGCACGAACUGUAUACCACCUCUCCAAAUUCUAUGAAUACCUCGACAUCCUAUCCGUGACUGCCGCCGGCGGGUCCGUGGGCCUGCAUUUCGGCUUCCACCACCUCACCACGCCCUGGCUGACUUUUGUCCGGGUGUUACCAUCACCUGCAAGUGGGAGUGAAGGGUGGCGGUGGUUUGCCGCGGCCAAUGCGGCGCAUCACGCGCUUAUGUAUGCGUACUUUGGUGGGUGGCAGGGGGUGAGGGGGGUCUUGCUUUGGACUGGGGAGUUGCAGUUGGUUGUUGGCAUGGUGGUGGAUGCGAUGGUUGUUUGGAGGAGGUUGAUGAGCGGGGAAGGGGUAGAGAGUGUGUGGAGGUUUGUGGUUUCGGGGGGGUUGUUGGGGUGUUAUUUUGCGCUGAAUCGGAGGGAGAUGGGGAUGAGGGCGGAGGAGGAGGGUAAGAGGGGGGACAAGGGAGGAAAGGAGACAUGA